AGCAGGAAAACAUCACACCACGCGUAAAUGUCACUUUUCCGUGGUUUUUCCGUCUAUCCAGUUUAUGUUUAGUGUGCCAUCGGAGUUAGAUGUCUCUUUACUUCCGCAAUUUAUUAAAUAUUCAGCCGUUGUCUCGUUGAGUGUUUGUUUGAGUUUUUCACUGUGUGUGCUGUGAUAGGCAAAUGAACUGUGUUAUGUGAUCUGCUAUUUGCAAGAGGCACGGUGCUCUGGAUUCCCCCCUGCAAACGAGAGAAGGGAAUACCCCCAAUGUCAAUUUUACAUAACACUCAAGCUUUUUCCGCAAACGAAAACCGAGAGAUUUUCCGCACACAAGCACCGGAAGGGCUACGGGCGAUGGUUCUGUAAAUCAUCAUACCCCUUCGCCUUGACUAAGGCACCCGCCAAGUUCAUUGCCCACAUUCGACACAAAGGAAAUGACGGGCGAGUCAGCGUCCCGGAGGACAAGCAAAGAAGAUAGUGUCGAGGGGGGUACAAAGGGGGACGAUGGGCCCGCCCAAGUGGCGCCCGCCAAAAAAUUUCCCGCAAAACUCAUGCAAAGCAAGAGCGAUGAAAAUGAAAUUCAGGUGCUGGAGCGACUUGACCACGGUGGAAAUGAAGGAGUUCAGGAAAAUAAGCAGCGCGAUUUGCCAAGGACCAGACUCUUGUCUAAGGAAAUGGCCGCUUCCGCCGUGGGGUGGGUGUGUUGCGCCCCGUGUAUUUGGCUCCGCACAUCGACCACCGUACACAAAAUCGCCCUCACGGCCGCCACCCUCCUCGUGACGUCCCUACUCGUUGUCUCGCCAAUUCUCUUCCUCAUCAGUACCGCCCCGUCCCAAGCACCACGAGACUGUCUCACCCACAAGCUCGAGGAUUGCUUUGCCACACAGCAACCGCCACCAGAGUGCACGACCGAGGAUUGUCGGGUCGCAGCGAUGACCAUCUACGCGAGGAUGAAUGCAAAGCUGGAUCCAUGCAGGGAUUUCAAAUCAUACAGCUGUAGCCCCAUCAUCAACAACAGCAUGUCUGUGGUUAAGAGCUCACAAGAAGGGGUUGAUCUGCAAAUGCAGGGUCUGUUGGAGAGUAACACGAGCUCCGGUGUUUUCCACAAAUUGGGGCGCCUGUACGAAAGUUGCCUCCGUCAGAGUCUCAAUGCUACGAGCAUUCGCCUCUUGCUCGAGGGCCUAGGCGGCUACCUGCCGAGUGGAAGCUUGGGGCCAUCGAGUAUUGGGCCGCUAAUAUCGAAAAUCGCCGCAUUGGGGCCUACACCGCUUAUUGGCAUCUAUUUCGAUUUGAGUUAUGGCCGCAAGCCGCAGAUUAUGUUAAUUAUUGAUGGACCAACGACGUCAGCACCAGUUUUGGAGAAUACAAUACGAUGGAUGGGACCAAAAGCACCGCCUUACAAAAUUCGAAACGAUGUACCGGAACUCCUGGACGAUCUCAUGAAUGUCUUUCUGCCGUCCAGUCUGAGUAAGGAGCAACGACAAUCUGAGAAGGAUUUAAUACGUAACUUUGUGUCUGAGCUGAAUAGGCUGCGACAGCAUCAUCUCGAUCGAGAUUUCUCAAACAGUUACGUGGUUUACAAUGUUACGACCCUCUCAGCUACCUACUCCUACUUGAAGUGGAAUGAUGUGAUCCCGCAGAAUUGGUCAGGACCCAUUGUGGUGAGGAGUUUGGCGUACUUCAACCGCCUACACACCCUUCUCAGUCCACUGAAGCACCAAACGAGAGUCAUCCACAACGCCUUGCUCCUCCUCUUCGCUUUGGGUGCUCUCCCACCCACCCAUCCCUCACCUGUGGCCUGUACGAAAGCCACAAUGUGGGCUUUACCCCAAGCCUCGUCAGCCCUGUACAUGGCUCAUCAUUCUAUCGAAACCGUCCGGAAGUCAAUUAAUCGGGUGGAAAUUCUCUUCGAGACCCUGAAGGCACAUCUGAAGAGAGCCCCAUCGCUACGGGGUGCUGCUCUGGUGAAGCUCUCAUCGCUGAAAAUUCAAGCAAAUCCCUGGCCCCUCUGGUACAAUCAAACAAAAAUUGGAGAAAUGCUGGAUAUGGUGGAUAUAACAUCGGAUAACUGGUUCGAGAACAUCCUGAAGCUGUACAAGCUGCAGCAGCAGCAAUUUCCCAAUGACAAUAUGACGAUGGAUUCGCACGUUGCAUGGGCGUACCCGAUACUUGCUCAGUCAUUUUACGACACCCUUAGUCACUCUAUCGUGGUGCCAUUGUCUGUGGUGUUGGUGCCAUACUUCAAGCCGAAACUUCCGCCCUACAUGCACUAUUCAUCCGUGGGGGUACAGAUUGCAAAAGAGAUCCUCCGGUCGAUAACGCGUGCAUUCGAGGACAAAGCCCUAAAGUGUGUUCCGGGCAGCGUGAAUGUAUUCUCCAAUUCCAGCCGCAUGGACAUCCUCAUCCACUCGGGUGGCAUGCAAAUAGCCUACCACUCCCUCUUGUCACUCACAGGCCCCAUUAAGGGGAUGGAGCGCCUCGGUGGGCUCAAUUUAACACCAACGCAGAUUUUCUAUCUCGUCUCCGCCCAGGAAUUGUGCGCCGAUUCCCUCUAUGCGGGGAUCGACACGGAUUCCGAUGACUUUACGGACAUCUUAGGGUGGCUCAUUGCACAAGGCGGGAGUGCCAAUGAUGUAUUUCACUGCCCUCAUGGGAGUGUCAUCAACACCAAGAAGACCUGCAACAUCCUCUAAAGACCCUCCGAAAGCCAUCGAAAUGAGCUGGCAAAGGCGAACCUCUCUUGAAUUUAAAUGCUCCAGCAAAAGCCAGCAAAAGUAAAUUCAUUCAAGCAUGCUAUCAUCCCUAUCAACCUUCUCAAGACACAAAACUACAAGAAAAGAAAACUAAAUAAAAAUAAAAGAAAACUGCAACUCGGUAGAAAGAAAAAGUCCAUUGAGGAGUUGUAUAAGUAGAGUUCCAACAACUUUCCUGCAAACUCUCCCGCAGACAAAUUAAUAUUAGAUAAGGAAUGAAAGUAGACAUUUAGACUGCUCCAUAAAAUUUCAUAUAAAAAAAACAGAGAGAAGAAAUAUAGGAAUUAAAAGUGAAGUCGGCAAGCAAAAUGCUGUAAUUUAAGAAGUGCUCCUUAAAAACUCUAAAAAUUCUGGAAUUUUGAGAAUGAGAAAUUUAUAUUUCUUAUUGUAUUAAAGAAAAAUAAAUUAUAAAACGUUAAAGAGAUGGAAGAAUGAUGUUAAAUUUAAAUAAAAAAAUUCUUGUGGGUUGAAAAGCAAUACCUUUCCUCUACCAGUGUAGUGUUAAGUUUACAUUUCAUUGGAAAAGUUUUUGAAAAAAAAAUGUUUUGUUUUCACUUGUUGAUGAACCAUUUUGAAAAAAAAAUUGUUAAAGUUUCGAUGGUCAGUUUUGUUGAAAAUUAAAUUAUCUGCUGAAAGUGUUUGAAGUCGAGAAAACUUUAUCUUUAACAUUGCUUUUUAGAAUAUUUAUGUCAACUUUUAUUAAUAUUUCUAGCCAAAGUUUAUCUAUAAGCAACAUUCUUCGCUGUAUUUAAAAGAAAUUGAAAAAAAAUCGUUUCUUAUUUCCUAAGUAUUGAGCAAUCAAAACUUUGCAUUAUGUGGUAAUCUUAAAAGCUUCCUAUCAAAGCUUUAAAAGCUUUCUCUUAGUUACUGUAAUUUUCUGAGAAGAAAAUUAGUAUUUAUGAAUUCGGAAUUUGUUCUUAACAGCAAUAAGUGUUCUUUGACGAAUAUAUUUUUGAUAGAAAGUUUUCAGUUUAUUUACUUUAUCUUUACAAAAAACAAAGGAUUUAAACUUUGAAAACAAUUUUCGUAAUAAAUGCUCAAUAUUUUAAUUUAAUUUUUAAUUAAUCCACUUUAAAAUUAAGAAAAGUUAUGUAAUCAGUAUUAACGUUCCUUGCAUUAAUUAAAGACAAUCCUAAAAUUUCCUUUCUUGUAAAUUUUAAUUAGUUUUUGAUGUAAUUUAUUAUCUCUUUAUUGCUGUUCUAAAAGAUUUCUGUAGCAAACAGCAAAAGAGAUAAUUUUUAUGCUUUUCUUUCAUGUGAAAAAUUGAAGAUAUUUCCAUGCAUUCAACAGAAUUAAAAUGAAAAGAAAACCUCAGCUGUUUAAAUUAAAUUUUCAUCUCUCAUAUAAAAUUUUAUAAUGCAUUCCAAAAGAAUUCUUCCCAGUAUUUUGUAUUAUGCAUUCACAACUCUUUCACUUUGCAUAUGUAAGGUAUUUGCAAAUGUGUUCCAUUAUACAAUAUUAAUAUUAUAAAGCUUUGUUAAUAUUUCAUUUCCUUUUUAGUAGGAAAUUGGAUGAACGCACAAUGCGAAUUAAAAUUUCAACGAUUGAUGGCACUUUCAGCAGCACGAUAGAGAAAUAUUGAAAGAAGUUUUAAUAGGAAAAUGAGAAGUCACCCUAAAUUUAAAAAGAAAAUAUUAAAUUUUACUUCUUAUUGUAUUUGAAGGUCAAUUAAAUUUGAGAAGAGUAGAUGAAUUUCCCUGAUGAAAUGAGCAGAAAAGUUACAUUUGAAUAUAAUAAUUUUUCCAUAAAUACCUACCUACAAUAUAUAUCCCAAUCCCACUGUGGGGACUUCACGAAAAUUUAACAAAACAAAACAAGGACAAAAAUCUUUAGCUUUAUGCAAUGUUUUUUGGUAAAAUUUAAAGAAAUGUUUCUAACAAAAAUUAUUUACUUCGUUUUGUAAAUUCUUCUAUGAAAAUUCUAUUGAAUUAGAUACCUAAUAUUGCUUUUUUGAAAUUAUUACAUACUAACAGUGCCAAAAUUAAUUUUCUCAUUUUACUUAAUAUCAAUCAAAAACUAAUAAUUAAUUUAUUAAUAAAAAAAACCUUUAAGUAAAAUCCUUAGAACCACUUUUAGAGAAAACAAAAAAGUAAACCACACUUUCAUGGGACGAAAAUACUAAAUUAAAAAAAAGAAAAAACAAUAAUUAUAUACUUAGACGAACUUAGAAUUCUAGGCAGGUACAUUUCAGAUAAAUAUUAUACCUUUCUCUAUAUACUAGACUAUUACCAAUUCCCUUCUGUAGUGCCCUUAAAGAGAAAAUAAAUAUAUAAGUAUAUAUGAAAAAAAAGUUUAUAGUGGGUGUUUCGCGAAGCACUUUCACUGCAAAAGCAAAAGAAUGGUGUUAUGGUGGAAAUUAUUACAUAGUUGUAGUUAUAAAAAAAUGAAAUAUUAGUCAUAACGUCUCCUUCAGAGCCCCGAGAAUGCACCAUAAUAAAAAAUAUUUUAUCUAUAGCAAUAAAAAAGUGAAAUAUGAGAAAUUAUAUUGUAAAAUGAUGUAGGAAAAUGUGAUAAAAUGUUGCGCGCCAAGAUAGGCAAAUCAAAAUUUCACGGCAAAUAUUACAAGAAAAAGAAAUUACAUAUAGCAAAAUAGUAUGGAAAAGUAAUCAAAAGAAAAACACAGGAAGUGUAAUUUUGGGGGUGUUUUCGAGAAAAAGAAAAAAAAAACGAUAGAAUACGAUUUACGAAGCGGUGCGUGAGGGAGAAGAGGCUAUAAAAUAAAGAAAUAUAUACCUUAUCAAUAAAUUAAAUAAAGAAAUAUAUACUAUAUAUAGCAAAGAAAAAACCUAACUAAACUUCAGCCGAGAAAAGCUUAAUAAAAAGAAGAAUCUCUCUAAAAAGUAUUGUAUUCUGUCCUGUGAUAAGAGUCGAUUGAAUAAAAUAAAAGUGAUUAAAAUUAGUGCACAAA